AAAUGUACACACCUGCCUUAGCGUUAAGGUUAGCUAGCUUGGCGGUGAACUCGUGACUGUGUCUCUUUGUAAUCUACAACUUUGUUAUCGGUUCACGGCUUUAAAAACAAUCAAAGCAAACCGCUUUGUUGAUUACACCAAAAGUCCCAUACGGGUGCCAUGGCAUACCAAAAAAAAAAAGAUAAGAACCAUCGAGCCCCGAAGCUAAAAGGACGCCCAUUGUUGCCGUGUUGACAGCUGCCAGGUACAGGUAGCUCCGUAGCUACGUUAGCAUCCUGGAUGUCACGGAACCAUCUUCAGCCUUCCUUGCCCUCUCGAGGGGCGUUUCGGUCAAUUGACACCACGCACAUGUGACUCAGAAAUCAUAUUUUGGAAGUUAUGCAGCCUCAUGGCAACAUGGCGACUCGAUUUAUGAUGAAAUACUCACUGAUACGUGACUCCAAACUCUCCGUUUCUGGCGGAGCAGCCAUCACUGCGAGAUUUAUGUCGCUCUUGCGUCCGCCUCCCCGAGAGCCACGCAAGAGCACGUAGAAGCGGUGUCAACGUAGAACUACACUGAAUAGAUAUAAUAUUUCCGCUAAAAUACCUGUCUGUUGUAGCAGUCACUUCAGAAACAAUAUAUUCAUUGAGUCGGAGGGAAAAUUAAAGCUACAAAUACAUUGUAGUUGUCAUUAAAUCGUACUUUUGGACUCAAAUUAAAUGCAACAGGGAUUCUAAUGUAGUACUUCUACGAGCGUGGAACAUACGCCCUAAUACCGGAAGUCCGUCACAUUUCAAAUUAAAAGCCAGGGUGAGUUUGCUACACUACAAUAUAAACAUUGGACACACCUGUCUUAUUGUUAACGUUAGCUAGCUUGUGUCCUAAAUGUUUGUUCCAAUCAUUUAGCCCCUAAGAUGUGUCAUAAUAGUGUUAUUAGAUAUAUACCAAAACCAAAUGUGUGUUUUAAUGAUGACCGAUUGGAUUACAAAUCCUCAUGUGAUUCCUAUUAUGUGUUGUUCUGUACAGCAGUCACGUUGCAAUUGUAACUUCAGUAUUGAAUAGUACUGGGAAUUACAUUUGUUUCUUUUUGUAGUUUUUCUGAACUUCUAUAUUUAGCCACGAAUCAAACUAAGACUUUUUAAACCACACAUUUCCUGCAUCGUGGAUGGUGUAAAAUUACACAAAUGUUUUCUUUUAAGACAUUACAAGCGAACAGUAGGUUUGGGGAUAUUGCAAAUUUGGUAUCGAUCUCAUAUCUAGUAAAUAUAAGCACAGUAUUGCCAGAAACGAUACAUUUUACUUGAAACUGUACCACUGAAUCGAUUAUUCGGCAUUUGCUUCCAUACGCCCAGCAGGAGUAAACAGUGCAUUGUCUCCCUCUAGCGGCAGCUAUUAUAAGGUGCAGCGAUUGCGGGAACACAGCAUGACGGACGACAGCCACGAACUGGAUUGUUUAAUUUUGAUAAACACUUUGUGGGCCUUCGAGAAGUGCAGAUGUUUGGAUAUUCUGUAGCAUUUCCGCCACAUUUACGAGCAGUGCUGUGAUAUGUCGUGAAAAAUGACUACUGUGAGUGGAUUUCUGACGUGCGAUAGAAACUCGGGGCUAAUGUGAGUCUUUUUCUUUUUUUUUUGUGAAAACCAUUGACGACUUCAGAAAGUCAAGGCCUGUCCCGUCACUGAAAAUAAUGCAGAUUGCCUCCACUUAGGGAAACAUAGUUGUGCGUGGAUGUCAACUGAGUCCUGCCUCAUGUGAUGAAGGCUACAAUCACACAUGACAUGAUGGCAUCAUCGCACACUUUGCUGCAAUGGUGCAGACAAACAUGCGGCACUUACCCAAAUGUGGAAAUAAAGAAUUUAUCAAGCUCAUUCAGAGACGGACUUGCAUUCUGCGCCAUCAUCAGCAAGCACCGCCCAGACCUGAUAGAUUUCAGCUCCCUCUCCAGGGCAAACAUUUAUGAAAAUAACCAACUGGCCUUCGGGGUCGCAGAGACAAAACUCGGCAUCCCUGCUUUUCUCAUCCCAAAAGACAUGGUGGCCACCCAGGUGCCGGACUACUUGAGCGUCAUCACUUACCUCUCCCGGUACUACCACUACUUCAGCAGAGUAUCCAACGGUUCUUCCACUUUGAGGUCGUCACUCAUCGCCCCAUCAAACAAGAGCUCCUGUGCUCUGCCAUCCGGUAGAGAUGAACACCGUCCUGGUAGAAGAGCACACACCAUGUGCCAUUUUUGUACCAAACCUGUCCACCUUGUUGAGAGACAUGUGAUCCAAGGAAAGAUCUACCACCGUAGCUGUUUCAGAUGCAAAGUGUGCCGCAGCACCCUAGUGGCGGGCUUUCACACGCCGGGAGAAGAUACCUGCUCUGUUAUUUGUUCCGAUCAUCCAGAAAACGACGCAAAGAGUCAUCGUGACGAGACGCUGGAGCUGUGGCAAGGGUGCUUGUCUCUCGGCGGCUUGACUCUCAUCAGCGUCCCUCAGGAAACGCAGUCACAUGACCGACUGGUUUAUAAACCGGUGGAGCAAACAGCGCAGCGCGAGUCGUCAUCCGCCUCAUCCGGCAGCAUGUCUUCUCCACAACUUCUCCCGCCGGAGGUUGACGACGCAAAGAAAGUGGACGAAGAAAGCGGACAAAAUGAAUCUCCAGCCGUUCUUGCGGAAAACUCCGACGAAGAACCGCAAAGCGAGGCAGACUCCGAGCUUUGUUCACCUUGUUUACCAGAAACUAACCAAAGUAACAAUCUGGCGACUCAACCUUCCUGCACAGGAACUUCCUCUGUUCAAAGUCAGUCGCCAGUCAUUCCAUCUCACGGCCCCAAAAAUCCAGUGAAAACCAACCAUCCAUGGUUGGGAAUCAUCCAUCCUGGACCUUGGACACAACUGCCCCCUGUUGAAAGCCCAGGACCCUUCAGACAUUGCAAGGGGGGUUUGACUUGGUACAGACCAAGAGUCCCUCCUCCUAAUCCUUUCGGUGAAGACCUGCAUGAAGAUCCCGAAGAGAAGCACGGUCUCAAAGACGUCAAUCCGCUUCCUUCCUCAAAUUUGGAGGGAAUGGGGAACGUCAUGAGCGGUGAUCACAAUCCCGUUUUGCCAAGAAGUAUUUCCGUCCCGGCUGUCAAAUCGACAUCUGGGCCCAAUGACAUGACCCACGAUGAUGAUGAUCCGGACUCUUCCUCACAAAGCCAGGUUUGCAAAGGGAAAAAUAAUUUGGAUACAAACACGGAGAUGCCGAAAUCCAAGACAUGUCAGGCCCUGACAUCCGGACGGUGUCCUGCUCCCGGACACGGCUUCCCGCUCAUUAAAAGGAAGGUGCAGGCGCACCAGGAUGCUUCUGCUGCAGACCUGCAGGUGGAGACAAGACAACUGAAUAAGCAGCUGGAGGCACUGGAAGAACGAGGCAUCGACAUGGAGAGGAAUCUCAGACAGUGCAAGAAUGAUAAAGAGGAAGAAGAACUGCUGAUGAAGUGGCUUUCUCUUAUCCAGGAGAGGGACUCUCUGAUGCGACGAGAUACUGAGCUGGUUUAUCUGAUAAAGCAACAGAAGCUGGAAGAGAGGCAGGCCGACGUGGAGUACGAGCUGAGACGUCUCCUCAAUAAGCCGGAGAACGUCUGGAGCAAAGACGAUAAGAGUCGAGAGCAAAGCCUGAUGGCUGAGCUUGUUGUCGUCAUCGAGCAAAGGAACCAGAUCGUCGGCAUUUUAGACCAAGACCGACAGAGGGAGCGAAAAGAGGACGUGCUUUGGGAAGUGAUGACGAAGAACGAAGAAUUCGAGAAAGAAGGACUCAGAGAGCUCAAGAAGUCAAAAGGAAAGUUCAAGCCCUCAAAGGUUUUUAAAAAGCUCAACCAGAAAGUAGAACAUUCCAAGGAAUGCGCAGACAAAAAGUCCUGAAGACCUGUCAAGACCGCAGAAGAUUAAAAGCAAAGAUUCUCACACCACAAACUGAUCUAUUCUUGUAAGUGAUAACGUGCGAUGGUCCUGCUUCACUCUUUACUCUUUGUAAUUGACAGCAAGUUCAUGGUGAGGAGAUGGGAGAAAAUGUCUACAUUUGUAUGUGUAAUUAAUGCAUGUUUUAUUACAGAUGUAUUUCUGUUGGUAAAUAAAAGAUAUGUGUACAUACACAAUGUAAAAGUGCCGGGAAAUUGGAAUACUCUACCCUCAUUUAAACAUGCACCACAUGCUUGAACAGGAAACUUGCAGGUAUUGUCGCUAGAUGGCGCCAGAGCUUUUAAACUGUCGGAACGCA